CUCAUGACAUCGUCGAGGCAAGGCAUUACGUCUCCUGUACAUAUGCGUACAUGUAAAAGGAUAAGUACCUUGCUCGGUCGGCCUUUUAUAGACUUAUUACCAUACGCUAAAUAUGUUAGGUACAACCUGUAUGUACUUACCUCAUAGAAAUACAUACAUGGAUGGGCGUCCUUUCCUAGCAUAUCAGGGUAAUCGCGACUUAUAAUGUACCACGCUUCAAGGUUCUGCUUUUUAAACUUGUUCCCGCUCCGCGUUCUUUUAUAAUUCUAUUUUCUCUCUUCUCUUUCUUGCCUUUGGUGAUCUGCGCUCGAAGUAUACUUAAUAUACAUACGACCGUUUCAACCCCCGACACUCACAGCAUUGCCUAUUCCGAUUCCGUGUAAUGUGUGCGACUACCGGAUUAGAGAUUCACUAAACUUAAGUUUACGCCGUACUCUACUCGGCACCCUUCUCGGCAUCCUUCUCCUCCGAGGUCUUCUUCCUCCUUCUUAGGUAUCUCCCUAAACUUCGGGGGUUUGUGCCUAUCGUCAACAUGAAGGCAGACUACUCGGACGAGCCAUCGCCUUUCGAAACCCACGAGGUCGCCAGGCCUCAAGGGUGGGCUGCUUGGUUCGGUGGUCCCAAUGUCAAGAUAGGACCCCGUAUCGCCCCUCAGAUAAUACCCCUCAACAUUGAAGGUCGAGAUUCGGACAGUAAUGUCAGCAGCGAUGCAAUUCUUAACAAACAGCUUGAAGAGGAGGCCAAUUGUGCUAUCCAAUAUCGUACAUGUAGUUGGCAAAAGACAGCCGCAUUAUUAUUCUCCGAAUAUAUCUGUUUGGCCAUCAUGAGCUUCCCGUGGUCCUACAGCGUCCUCGGACUUGUCCCAGGGCUCAUUCUUACUGUCGUUCAAGCUCUCCUAGUUCUAUACACCUCCAUUGUGUUAUGGGAAUUUUGCCUGCGACAUCCUGAGGUUAGAGAUGUAUGUGAUAUUGGCCAGAUGCUAUUCUGGGACCAGAAAUGGGCCUGGUACUUCACGGCUUUUAUGUUCAUCUUAAACAACACCUUCAUUCAGGGUCUCCACGUUCUCGUUGGGGCUAAGUAUCUGAACACCAUGGUCGGCCCGAACUCAAGCGUUUCCUGCCAGACUGUAUCUUUUGGGGCUAUCAUCACUGUUAUUUGCUGGCUAUCAUCUCUACCUCGCACUUUCAGUAUGCUCUCGAAGCUUGGAACUGCAUCUGCCGCAUUUACUUUUGUUUCCGUCAUCCUAGCCACGAUUUUCGCUGGUAUCCAGAGUCAUCCUGCAGGCUUCAAUGCCGAUCCGGCUACCGACCCUGAUACCGGCGCGGCACUCCCAUUCGGUAACCCAAUCGUCACCGCUAUCCCCGUCCUUGGAACCACGUUUGUUUCGGGCCUGGGUGCAUUCCUUAACAUUAGCUAUACUUUUAUUGGGCAGAUUACCCUUCCUAGCUUUAUUGCCGAGAUGCGUGAGCCGAGAGAUUUCCCCAAGGCUUUAUGGGCAUGCACUAUCCUCGAAAUACUUGUUUUCAGCAUCGUUGGCGCAGUCACAUAUGCGUUUGUAGGUAACCAGUAUAUGACAUCGCCAGCUUUUGGAUCCUUGAUUCCACUAUAUAAAAAGAUCGCCUUUUCGUUCAUGAUUCCUACCAUCAUCUUUCUAGGUGUUUUAUAUGCCUCGGUAUCGUCUCGAUUCAUCUUUUUUCGAAUCUUCCAACAUUCUCGACAUAAGAACGAACAUACGGUCGUUGGAUGGGCAACAUGGGCACUCAUUCUACUCUGCACUUGGAUUCUCGCUUUCAUCAUCGCAAAUUCAAUCCCUUUCUUUAACUCUCUUCUCUCCCUUAUGUCCUCGCUAUUUGACUCCUUUUUCGGGUUCAUCUUCUGGGGUGUCGCCUAUUUCCGCAUGCGGAAAGCCGACGGGUCCGUUGCAUUCCUCGGAGACCGGUCACUCCGUGGCUGGAUCGAGGGCAUCUUGAACAUUAUCAUUAUCUUGACCGGCGUUUUCUUCUUAUCAGCCGGAACCUACGUCAGUGUCCAGGGCAUUUUGGAUGAGUUUGCACUAGGCACAGUUGGAAAAGCCUGGGGGUGUGCGAGCAAUGGCAUUUAGAAAAUUUCAUGUAUAUGUUUUCUUGAAGAGCAGAAGAUACCCAUGUAUGAAAAUACGGAUGAGCAUGAGAUCGGGAAGCGGGUCGGCAUUAUAAACGCUCCGCAAUUGAGAGAGGUGGUGGAUAUACACGGAUCGCUUGAUUCAAGUUCGAACUGUUUUCGUCACUCGGCGCAGUUGGAAGACGGGGACUGGCACAUCUUAUCACAGUAUAGUAAUGCAGGAGAGGAGGGGCGCAUGUUCAAAGCCCUCUCCGAAAUCUAGCAUGAAGUCUCGAAAAAGCAUCCAGUGGAUGCGUACUACGACCAAGACCACCUACUCUCUAGUCUUUUUUAGCUGCCCUUGCGGCCUCUGGACUUACGAAUCACUAUCAUUACUAAGCUAACUUUACCACAGGUAUUCAUCAUCGUCGUGCGCUACAAACC